AUGGCAGACUUGGAUGAGCGUAAUGCCGUUUCGGACUUGGACCAAGUUUCGUGCAAAGAGGGUGUGCUCUUGAUAUUUGAGGACAUCUGUCCCAAGUAUCUGGACGAGCUGGCUCAACAACACGCUUUCAACGCUGAUGCCAUCAUUGCUACAAUACUCGACCAGCAGGAACGUGACAUUCUAUAUCCAAGACGCCAGAAAAGUCGAAAAAGGAAACGAGGUGAAGAUGUCGAUGACGAAGAUAAAGAGAAGAAGUCAGUGGACCCAAACACUGAGAUUCAAGCAAAGCUCAACGACCACCAACAUCUACGCACGAUGAGUUCCGCAAAGUACAAGGAUAUGGCUGCACUCUUGCUCAGUCAAGACUUCCCUUUGAUUCCCAAGAUGACGCUCAGAAGCAAACUAUUGUCACAAAAUGGGUCAUCGCUCUUCCGGGCCUAUGCUGCUAUCGAUGAUGCACUUCGCAAGGGAGACGAGGGACGCAUCCCCUGGAGCAAUAAAAAAACACGCACGAAGCCUUUGGAGCAGUACACGGCUGCCAACAUCGGAAAAGUGAACCGUGAAGACCUGACGGAUGAGCAAACGGCGGCCUUGGAUGAGUUCCUAGCGGCCAGGCAAGUCCGAGCCCGCAAGGAUGCAGAAGCGGCAGUAAAAGCAGCGGAAGUCUCCAAUCUCGAGCGAGCCCGGCAAACUGGCCAGACUGCAGAGUGUGGGUGUUGUUUCGAGGAAUGUCCACUGAAUCGGAUGGUGUGCUGUGAAAACGCGGAAGGGCACUGGUUCUGUCGUGGCUGCAUGCGUCAACAUGCGGAGAACACCAUCGGAUACUCCAAGUACGAGCUCAAAUGCAUGUCCAUGGACGGAUGUAGUGCAGGAUUCUCCGUUGCUCAGAGAAAGUUGUUUCUCGACAAGAAGCUGCAAAUUGCUUUGGACCGGAUUGAAGCACAAGCAAUGCUCGAGAAGGCCGGCAUCGAGGAUCUUGAGACUUGUCCUUUCUGCCCCAUGGCUAUUGAGUACCCUCCAGUCCAUGAGAACAAGGAAUUUCGAUGUACCAAUCGAGAAUGCGAGAUAGUGAGCUGCCGAUUAUGCCGUAAGCAGACUCAUAUCCCCAAGACUUGCGCCGAGGCGGCAGCCGAAGAAGAACACUCCGCAAGGCAUACCAUAGAAGAAGCUAUGAGUGAGGCAGUGAUCAGAAAGUGCAACAAGUGCGCCAACCCGUACAUCAAAUCUGAUGGUUGCAACAAGAUAUUCUGCACGAAGUGUUCAACCAUCCAAUGCUACGUAUGCCGUCAAACUGUUAAGGACUAUAGCCACUUUAACGACCAGAACCGAGGCGGCAAGCAAGGCCAGUGUCCUCUUUUCGACUCUACAGAAGCACACCACCAAGAAGAGGCGCAACGUGCAGAAAAUGCAACUCGAGAUCGAGUCGCAAGGGAAAACCCCGAAAUGGAUAAUGAAGCGCUUAAAUUAAAGAUGUCCGCCAGAGUCGAAGAAGACGAAAGAAAGCGGAAAGAACAAGGCGAGCGGCAGCGGGCUAGGGUCCACUUCGCCCCUCCAGCCUUCUUCCAAGCUCUCAAUCCUGGCCCAGCCCCGGAGAUCGCCGAUGAUGGCAGAGCAAGACAACUCAAUGCUCGGCAACUCCAGCAAAUUGAAGCUCAGGUGCAGCGAGCUCGAGAGCAUCGAGAAAGACUGCAAGAGCAGCAAGAGGCUAGGCACAAGACUAUUCUUGAUAAAAUCAGGGCAGCUCAGCAGCACCACCAGAACCACGUUGCAGAGCAACAACGAUUACAGCAGGAGGCCGUCCAAAGAAACGUGGACGCGAUGCGCCAGGCCCACGAAACACGUGCUCAAGAGCUGCUGGACCUGGUCACAGAACAAACAAGAAACCGGGCGAGACAGGAACAAAUCCUUCGGAGAGAGGAACAGCCCAUGAUCCAGCUGCCAUUCUUGCAGGUGCAAGCACCAGCAAAUAUAGGCGUACCUGGUCCCAUCCGAAAUGCUGGGCGCAUACCGAAUUCGGGUCGUACUGCAGCUAAUGCCAUAGUGGUAGACCCCGAUUCGCCACCCCAGUCCCGUUCAGUCCGUGAAGGCCUUCGUAAUGACAACGUGUUCAUGCCCUUGAGGCUAGGUGCAGACCUCAGUUUCCUGGGACGGCCACAGUCCAUGCAAGACGUUCUGGAUAACCAACGACAGAGGGGACAUCGAGCCAUGUUCGGGGGCGGCCUCGAGCAAUUUAAUAGGUUCAGAGGCGAGUUUGCCCAGAACGCAUUGGGGCUUCAGGCUCGGCCUCCGGCGCUUCCUGAUCUGGUCAGACUGGACAUGUUUCCAGGCGCCGCCAGGAUCGGCGACGGAAUGAGGGUUCAGCGGGUCAUCAACGCAAAUGCACGGCCCGCGCCAGCGAACCAGGUUGGAGAUGCUAGGGUUUAG